AUGAGAGAACUAUUCUUAAGUGGGAGGAUCAAGAAAUAUACAAAUCUUCAUGGUGAUAAAGAACAAAAGAAUAAUUUGAAAAAUAAAAGGGUAAUUGAUGCAAGUCCUUUGUCAUGUUUUCUUGAAAUGAUGUAUGAUCCAAAGGGACCUUUAUCUGUUUUCUUCAUGGCUGAACUAGAUAUAAAAUACAAAGUCAUCAAUCAGAAACAAGAAGACAUUGAAGUGUUGAAGAAAUAUUUGGUUGAAAGGGAGAAAGAGAUAUCAGAUGAAAACCUGAUGAAAACUCAUUUUCAAGAAACCCCAGUUUUCACACUGAUGAACAUCACAAUAGCUCUUGCACUAACAAGCCUCAUGCUGAAAAGUUUCCUAUUGAGAAACCACAAUGUGCUCAUACUCGAAAAACAUCAUCAGAACGCAUUUCCAUUCUCAAGCGACCCACUCCCUCAGUUUCACCUCACACUAGAAUGA